AGUUGUGGUGCAGGACACCAACAUGAAGGACAAUGAUAUAUUUGUGUUUUGGUUCCGCUCCAAUGGUCGUCUCAAGUUACUUGUUAGGAAGCUCAAGAAAUGAGCUAGCAGCAGGCUGGAUGUUGUGGUAUCCUGCAUUCGACUGUGCUGGGCCUCUGGUAUGUACUGUGCGCAAUAUGAUGCCACUGUGUGAUGUUUAGGUGAAAAGUUUUCUGAAAUUGUGGGAAGUGACUACUAAAUGGCUCCUGAAGUGCUCAAGAGAAACUAUGGACCUGAAAUAGACAUAUGGAGUGCUUAUGUUAUCUUAUAUAUAUUGCUAUGCGGCCUCCAUUUUUUGUUGGUACUUUGCCUUCUCUCUAUGGAAGUCUUUUAUAAUUAGCUUUGGUCUAGUGCAAAUGGUCUUGGCUUUAUUGUAGAGACUGGACAAGGAGUUGCAGAAGUUGUACUUCAUGGAAAUAUAGAUUUUAAGAGAGAACCCUGGCCCCAUGUUUCUGUUAAUGUUGGUUGGACAGAUGAUUCAGACUGGUCCGGAAAUCAGGCCUUGACUACUUGAUUGUUGUACUCACCUUGACUACUUGAUUGGUUAGUUUCUUCUCAUCACUAAGAAUUGCUUCAAAUUUACGACUACUUGAUUGUUUUCUGGCACCUGAAUAUGCCAAUAGGUGGGUAAAUUACUGAGAAGUCUGAUGUCUACUAAUUUGGGGUAGUUCUAGUGGAACUUGUCACUCGGCGCAAGGCUGUCGAUAUCGACAUUAACAGACCGAAGGGACAACAGUUCCUAAGCGAAUGGACAACUCAAAUACAGAGGCCAUAAAUACUUCAAGUACGGUAGCUUGCAACUACCUCUGCCUAGAUGCUACUCCAACUGAUGCGGGUGAUCAGCUUGAUAAUGACCUGCUUGACUUCAUGCUGGAUUUUGAUGCGACAUUUGAAGAAGAACAUGGUGAUGAUGAACUUGACUCAACCACUCAAUCCAUAAAGCAAGAAAAGAAAAUGAAGAAAGCCUUGAAGCAACUAUACGAAGCUCUUCGUGAUGUCUUCCCACAUCAGCUUGCGGAAUCCAGUGGUUUCAUCGAGGACAUGGUGAACGAAAUUCUUGCUUGCCCACCUUCUGAUGACUUCCAGGCCGGUUUAAUGGACCUCAUAGCGCUUUCGAAGGAUAAAGACGCAAUCAAAAGAGCAACUGAUCUAGCAGCUCGGAAGUGGCAGAUAAAUGAGAAAAAAUUCCAGUGCAGCAAGCUUAAGGCUACCAUGCAACAACAUGCCGUCAGAGCGAAGAAGCUGGUUUUGCAGCAACCCGAGCUAAAAAAACGGAGGGAGAUCCUCCAGUCAGAGCUGGAGAAGGUCGACUCAAAGUUGAGUGAUCUUCCGGCCACCAUCGCCCAAGAAAAAAGCAUGGGGAUGGCUGCACAGGCUGAUGGGAAAACGCUGGCAGAGCAGGUGCUGAAAGCAGAAGCAGGAGAAGGCGGUUUGGGUAGUGGGUCUAGAUGCACACAUUAGGUAACUUUUUUUAUUUUUUUUCCAGAAUGUCAAAAAAUUCAAGAAAAAAAAAUCCGGAUGUACAUUUCAGUGUGAUGUGUUAGCACAAAAAUUGGCAUGGUGAAAAAACUUUUUUAGCAACCUGUAAAAAAAGAGAAAAUUCUGACCGGUAUAUAUACAUUUUGAUAUGUUCGAAUU